AUGGCACAGCUCAUUCCAGGCGAUGCAUCGCUCGUCAUCACCCGCAUCCUCAUCCUCACCGUAUGGGGCAUCACACCGCUCAGCUGGCUCGCCCUGCUCUCGCGGGCCCUGCGGCACUUUCUAAAUCAACACCCGACUUACUCAAUCGAUUCAGCGCUGUGGCACUUCAUCGUCAAGCGCUCGCCACCGGUUGUCUCGAAUGCAUUGGAACACCUCCUCUCACCGCGCUGGCGUUGGGCUUCGAACCUCUUCUACUUUUACUGUGCACUCGAGGCGGCCUUCUCGCUAUACUAUUUGCAUCUGUCGCGUCAGAUCCAGCGACCAGGCCCGCGACCGCUGUACGGUAGACGCUUUUUGCGCAAUGUCUUUGCACAGGCGCUCCAGGCUGGCCUCAAGCCAUCUUCGGAAGACCUGGCGGAUUCCCCACGCCAGUCUUAUGCCAGCGCUGUUGCCACAUCCUCAGCAAACACUGCAGGGCUCACCUCGCGCGCCUCCAACGGCCAAUCGACAGCGUCGUCACCGGGCUUGGACGAGACGGCAGCGGCAAGCAACAUGCGUAAGAGAUUGGGCAGGCUACGAGCCGCCAGUUUUGUGCCGCAGUUCGUAACUGCACCCGUUUCGGCGGACGAUCCGCGCGCCAUUAAGUUCCGGCAGGAUCAGGCGAGGUGGUUCUUCGGCGCGCCUUCCGAUCAGAUUACGCGCAGGGAGGUGAUGCACUGGCUUGCGUGGUCGCUUUUCGCUACCGAUCUCGAGACGCUCGAGGCCGAGAGGGACGGAACGUUGAACUUUUCUGAUCGGAGCGAUGCGCCGGCAUCCGGUGUACAGCUGGACUCUGCUACGCCUUCUACGUUCAGCUCGCCGAUGCCGCCCUCGACCUCUACAUUCGGUGGACUGACUCCGGCCUUUUCGACAAGCCAACAAGCUGCAAGUGUUGCGUCGAUCAAGGACCAGGAGGAUGUCAGAGGAGUCUGCGCGAAAGACGGAGAGUGGGAUCCGACCACAGGCGACAGGCUGCAAUUCCUCGAGUACUGUCUCGAGUUGCUCGAGACGCGACAGGGGCAGAGCUACCCUGAGCACGUUGCCGGUGCAAAUUCUACAGAGCAAGACUCGUCUGUGGCGGCGACGCUGCUCAAGCCUGCACUCGAUAAAAAGGCGGCGAGAGGACCGCCGCGAAUCCGAAUGAUGCGGCUGACCAUAGAUCCUGUGCGAACGCGAACGAGGCCGCUGGCGUGCUAUCUCGUUACGAACACGCUUUCGUGGCUGACGAUUCGACGGGCCAUUCGCGGCGGGUUCGAGAUGUGCACCGAGGGCCGUCUGCCUUAUCUGUAUCGUGCACCUUCUGUCUCUGCCUCAUCAUCGAACCAAAACGCAAGAUUGGACACAACCCCGCUCGUGGUGUUGCACGGCCUGGGGAUCGGCCUGGCGCAAUUCGCGUCCCUCGUAACUUUCUUCCUGCGCUCACCUGUCUUCGCGCACCGCCCAAUCCUCAUCCUGCUGCAGCCCAACAUCUCGCAGUCGAUCCUCUCGCCGCAUUUCCUGCGACCGUUCGGGCACCACGAGACGACCUCCGCCUUCCGCGCCAUCCUGGCCAAGCACAACUGGCAGUCGAUCGACGUGCUGUCGCACUCGUACGGCUCGCUCGUGCACUCGUGGCUGCUCAAGUCGCUCACGCACCGGAUCCGACGGAGCUGCUUCGUCGACCCCGUGUGCUUCCAGCUGUGGGUGCCGUUUGUCUGCGCCAACUUUGUGUACAAGCGCGCCACGACGCCGAUCGAGCUGCUGAUGCGCUACUUUGUCGCGCGCGAGGUGGGCAUCGCGAACACGCUGUGUCGCUACUUUGACUGGAGUAGCAACAUCUUGUGGCCUAACGAGAUCGAGGGAUUGGAGGAUGCGAGGCGCACCAGGUUUUACCUGGCGGAGGAGGAUGCAAUUUUGAGUGCCAAGGACACGUUGGAGUACUUGGUUGAGAGUGGGUGUCCCAGGGAGAACAUUCAUUAUGGCAAGGGGAAGGCUCAUGGGGAGAUGCUUAUGCAUGGCGGAGAGGACUUUGACGGCAUUGUCAAGUGGCUGUCGAUGGAGAUUUGA